GGCGGGCGGGGCCACUCGGUUUGCGCAGGCGCGCGGUCCCUCAAACUUUCCCGACUUCGGGGCGAAUCUGAAGGAGCGGAUUGUAUUGUUGGUGAGAUUGGAUUCUGGCUGUCUCGGGAUUGGACCUGGUGGAUGCCUGGACCCAGCUGGAUUGAUACAUUCAGAUUGUCUUCUACACCUGGUGCCUAACGGGAGCAGAGUUGGAGCAGCUGACACAAGAAGAGCAGGAUGGAUGACAUCUUUACCCAGUGCCGAGAAGGCAAUGCGGUUGCAGUCCGGCUCUGGCUGGACAACACGGAGAAUGACCUGAACCAGGGAGAUGACCAUGGCUUCAGUCCCCUUCAUUGGGCUUGCCGUGAGGGUCGCUCCAAUGUUGUUGACAUGUUGAUAAUGCGUGGAGCUCGGAUCAAUGUGAUGAACCGGGGUGAUGACACACCACUGCACCUUGCUGCCAGCCAUGGGCAUCGGGACAUUGUUCAGAAGCUUAUCCAAUGUAAAGCAGACGUCAGCGCGGUGAAUGAACAUGGGAACACGCCACUGCACUACGCCUGUUUCUGGGGUCAUGACGAGGUCGCUGAGGAUCUGGUGCUCAAUGGAGCCUUAGUCAGCAUCUGCAGUAAGUACGGAGAGACUCCAUUGGACAAGGGAAAAGCCCACUUGCGUGAGCUACUGAAGGAACGUGCAGAGAAGCUGGGCCAGAGUCUGACUAAAGUACCCUACAAGGACACCUUCUGGAAAGGAACAACACGCACUCGCCCCCGAAAUGGAACAUUGAACAAACACGCUGGCAUCGACUUCAAGCAGCUGACCCUCAAUCAUAAAAUCAAUGAGAACCACUCUGGAGAGCUAUGGAAAGGCAGGUGGCAGGGGAAUGACAUUGUGAUCAAAGUCCUCAAGGUGCGUGACUGGACCACACGGAAAAGCCGGGACUUCAACGAGGAGUAUCCAAAGCUUAGAAUAUUCUCACAUCCCAACGUGCUGCCUGUUCUUGGAGCCUGUCAAUCACCACCAGCCCCACACCCCAUCAUCAUCACACACUGGAUGCCUUAUGGAUCUCUGUAUAAUGUCCUGCAUGAGGGAACAAAUUUUGUGGUGGACCAGACCCAGGCGGUAAAGUUUGCCUUGGACAUUGCCCGGGGGUUGGCCUUUCUGCACACCCUCGAGCCCCUUAUCCCCAGACACUACGUCAACAGCAAGAGCAUCAUGAUUGACGAGGACAUGACAGCUCGAAUCAGCAUGGCUGACGUCAAAUUCUCCUUCCAGUGCCCAGGGAGAAUGUACGCCCCAGCCUGGGUUGCUCCAGAAGCUCUUCAGAAAAAGCCAGAAGAGAUUAACAGGCGUUCUGCGGACAUGUGGAGCUUUGCCAUUCUCCUGUGGGAGCUGGUAACCCGGGAGGUGCCCUUUGCAGAUCUCUCCAACAUGGAGAUCGGGAUGAAGGUGUCUCUGGAAGGUCUCCGGCCCACCAUCCCCCCUGGAAUCUCCCCUCACAUUUGCAAACUGAUGAAGAUCUGCAUGAAUGAGGAUCCAGCGAAAAGACCAAAGUUCGACAUGAUUGUGCCUAUAAUGGAAAAGAUGCAAGACAAGUAGAGUAAGGGGAUGGAAGGAUUUUGCCCCCCUUUACCCCCAACCCGUCAGCCUUACAGCUUCCAGUAACCACACGCAGCCUAUGCAGGACUAUUCCACCAUGAAGACUCUCACUGCUCCUGGACUCUGAAUUGAGAUCUCUGAGUUUCAAAAACAUGUUACUGUCUCCAUUUGUUUACAGUGAGUGUGUCUGUUGCAGCCUUUUCUCACUGCCUGAUUUAUAUUGACGAGAACUCUGCUAAUGCCUGGGGGUACAAGGCCUUCAUUAUCAUCCAGUCUGGUUACAUCAGAGACUUAAAUUCAAAUUGAGAAGAAGCCUGUUAACUUAUCCCUGGGUUAGAGAGAGAGAGAGAGGGGAAAUCAACCCGGGUUACUGCUCCUGAUCAUGGUCCAGUGCUUAUUCCUGGAAAGGGGCACUGUCUGUCCGUGGAACUGGUACAGAAACACUGUCUGUCUCUGUCUGUGACUCUCCAGGGUGGGACUGGUACGGGUGACUGUUUUCAUCAUUGUUAAAGAACAAUAUUUGUAAAAGUCAGCUACAGACAUUAGUUUUAUUACUUGCAGUACACUCCUAACCUGGAUCUGCUUGCAACUCUACCUGUGCAAACAUUCUGAAACUUCCUCUCUUCCAGUCAUCCUCCAGUUACAACCUGUAUCUCCAGUUACAACCUGUAUCUUCUCUGCAGCUGAAUUUGACCCCAGGUUCCAGAGAGUGAAAGGUCAAUGUCUGACCCCCACUGUCCCUGUCAGAGAGGAACCCUUGGCAAUUAGAAACUUUCAAUCAGGUCGGGACUGGACUGGGGAGACUCUCCCAAUGUUCUAGAGCCAUGGUGCUAGCCUGUGUAAUCCCUGUGCUCGGACCCUUGCUAUUUACAUCCUGUUCUCACUGGUGCAUGUGUGGGAAAUAUGAAGACCUUGUGCCUGCCUCCUUGUCCCUUGUUGUGACCUGUGCAAUGGUCAAUAUUCACUAACCCGUCUACCCACUGUUUCCACCUACUGGAUCCUGAACACACUACUGUUGAGUUCCUGGGCUAGGCAGCAUUACUCAAAUGGAAAUUGCUAACCAUUUAUAUAAUUUAUAUAACACUUGUAUUUCUGAUUUAUUCUUACAAGUCACUGCUGUUUUAUUGAAACUAACUUUAUGGACUUUGCAUUAAAGAGAGACCGAUUUCCAAUUUA